AUGUCGAUCCUAACACCAUUCCAGCUCCUGGAACUGAACGUCAUAUCCGCUCAGGACCUUGCGCCGGUAUCACGUUCCAUGCGGACGUACGCAAUUGCUUGGGUACACCCGGAUCGAAAGCUUUCGACUCGGGUGGACACGCAUGGUCACAACAACCCUACGUGGAACGACAAGUUCGUCUUCCGGGUCGACGAGGACUUCUUGCAUGAGGACACCUCCGCCGUGAUGAUUGAAAUUUACGCCCUCCAUUGGUUCAAAGACGUUCACGUCGGCACCAUUCGUGUCCUCGUCGGCAAUCUCAUCCCGACUCCGGUGAAGCCCCACCACCACCACCCUCAGCUGGGCAUGCGCUUUGUCGCUCUUCAAGUCCGGCGACCCUCCGGCCGGCCACAGGGGAUAUUAAACAUCGGUGUUGCCCUUCUUCAUAGCUCUAUGAGAAGCAUGCCCUUGUAUUCUCAGCUAAGCACAUCCGCCGUGGGUUAUAAACAAUUAAUGGGGAAGGAUGACCCGCCGAGGAGUCAAACCCACCGCAGUCAGUCAACGUUCUCGAAACCCGAGCUGAGGCGGAGCAAGAGUGACUGCAGCUCCAUGUUCGGGUCGGAACUCCGGUCCAAGGAGUUUCAUAAGAAGGAUAAAAAGGGAAAAUCAAGCUCGGUCGUCAGCGGGUCGUCAGAGGUCAGCAAUGAAAAUACCAAAAAGGGCCGAUCCAAGGCCAGCUCGUUAAUUAACGGCUCAGAGAUUAUUAAGGGCAAGGGUAGAAAAGGAAAAUUGAGCUCCGUGGUCAGCGCAUCUGACGUCAGCUGGAAGGGCAGAAGCGGAAAAGCGAGCUCCAUUCUCAGCCCGUCGCCGAAGUACUCGCCGUUUAAGAUGGGGACGUACGAGACGCCGAGGAAGUCGAAUCUGAUGGCGGUGCCGUAUUUGACGGAGUCGGAGCUGGGGCCGUCGCCGUCGGAGGUGGCGGCGGCGAUAGCGAGGGAGAGGAUGGACAACCAGGACAACGAGAGCUCGGUGGUGGUGGGGGCGUGGAACGAGGACGAGAGCGUGGAGGGGCUGCAGUCGAAGCUGGAGCGGUGGCGAACGGAGCUGCCACCGGUGUACGACCGCGGCGACUACUCGAGCUUUCCGAGCAGCACCGUGGGGCACCACACUCGGCGGCACACGGACGGCGGGAACGGGCUGUUCUCGUGCUUCAGUAACAUAUGCGGCGUCGAGUGCUCCAUCGUGUGCGGCGGCUCCGGCGAGGGAAGUAAGGAGAGGAAGAAGGGGAGUAGCAGCAACAAGAGUAGCCGGGUCAGGCGAAGCCCAUCGGCCGAGGAUAUGAGCUAUGUUUGA